UUUCCAGAAUAAUUAUAACAUUUAAAAUAAUUUCUGUUUUUUUUUCCAAAUUAACCCCAAAAAUGACAUCCUUAAUCCAAAAAUCUGUUUGGAAUUUUAAGAAAUGGCCAAUAAUAUACAUCGUUUUACAUUUAUUAAACAUUUUGGGAAUCUCAAUUCCUGUAUAAAUUUUGGUUGCAACAGCUUGCCAUACACUACUGUACCGUCAUCACACUUUUUCUUAAAAACUUUAUUUAUAAAGUGAUAAACAACACUGUACAUCCCAUAAAGAAAUAAGAAACCAAUUGGAAUGUGUGCACAACUUUUGUCUACAAUACAAAAGCAUCACAGAAAGAGUUGCUAACAAGGAUAAUGGUUAAAAAAAAAAAACAAUUAAUGUGACGUCAUCUGACUGACGGGCGAAGUAGCAAAUCAGAGCAGCGAGCGGAGCCGUCGUGUGCGUGCGCCGUCAGCACGUUGAACAGCUGAUUCCUCGCUCCCUGUGUGCGCCACGCGUGAAGAAAACACGACAGCAGACCGGGACCGGGAUCAGGAAGGACUCUCCUUCCUCUUGGCAUGAGCGCGGCUCGGUUCGGCAACUGGAAGCUCGGCGGACGGACAUGCCGAAGAACUGCUCGGUGCUGAACUGCAGGAGCGAGUCCGGCAGCGGCGAGAGAAGAAGCUUCUACAAGUUCCCGCUCCACGACCCGGCCCGCCUGCAGCUGUGGCUGAGAAACAUGGGGCGCCACAACUGGACCCCCUCUCGGCAUCAGUACAUCUGCCACCAGCAUUUCACGCCCUCGUGCUUCAAGGUGCGUUGGGGAAUCCGCUACCUGGAGGCGGACGCCGUACCCACAGUCUUUGAGGGGUCUGACAAAAGGAAAGCUGUGGAUCAGAGCGUUUGGAAUCCGAAGCGGAUCAGAGGCGAGAAGCAUCCCAGCGUGACGGUUUCGGACGCCGUAGAAAUGAAAGAUGCUCAGCACGCGGUGUGUCUGUAUAGGGUUGCUGUGGACCCGUCGCAGCAGGUAGAUGGCGCCGCGUUGGAGCUGGUUGAACCUGAAUCUUCUCCUCAGACGGACUCUGACUCUUCAGGGGGAAACAUCUCUAUAACCUUGAGCCAGACCGCCGACGAACUGACCCACGGGGAGAACGCCGAGGUGCUGGUCAUGUCUGAGAUCUGUUCCGCGGACGGCCAAGAAGAGCUCAUAAAUUCAAUCACGGCCGCCAUUUUGAGUCAGGGCGGCACGCUGGUCACGGCCGACCCCAUCCUCUGCUGUUUGGACGACUCUGAUAAGGUUCCAGGUGUGACGUACGUCACAGAGGAACUCCCAGAUGACCACGGAGGCGACCCGCUCAUCGCCUACUUUGAGACGAUACCAAACGUUUACCCCAGUGAGAGCUCCACGCAGCUCAGCUUCUCCCCGGAGACGGUGCUGUCCUCGGCGCUGAGCUCAGAGCCCAUCUCCUCCACGGUGCCCAUCACGUCCAAACACUCGCCGCCGUCUCCAGCAUCCAUGGUCGUCACGCUGCAGAGGCUGGACGCUGACGGAGACGACGGCCUGUCAGAGGGAGAGGAAUUUGAGCAGCUGGAUCACCAGCUUGAAGAACACUGCUACCACAAGAGCAGUCAGAGUAAGGAGCAGCUGGAGGCCAUGGUGGCGGAGCUGCAGCGGAAGGUGAAGGUGCUGCAGCAGCGACACCGCCGGCACCUGGAGAAGCUCCUGGGGCUGGAGAGCACGGUGGUCCAGCUGCGGCAGAGCAACCUGCUGAACGAGGAGCGCCUGCAGCUGCUGGAGAGGGUGAGCAGUCGGGCGUAUUUACAGACGGCUGCAGCGGCGCCAGAACCCGCUGAGACCGUGGCCAUCAUCUACGAGGAAGACGCCGCCGCCUUCUUGUGUACUCCCCUCAACGACUCGCUGUAAAUGAGUCUGUACCAAAAACCACAAAAAGGGUCAAAUUCUACUUCAAACCUGGCGGUACCGGAGCAUUUUUAGUUCAAAUGAAAACAGACAAAUGAAUGUUUUAUUUGUAAUUUAUUGUUUGAUUUCUACUACAUCCAUUUUUGACUCAAUAAAGAAUUUUUGUUUGAGAAUUAAAAGAAAAGAA